ACUCCUUCGACCUCCGAAGGCGAGGCCGAGCGCCAGUGCGUGGAUCUCGUCGCCCCAGGCGCCACUGGCGUCAAGCGGGGAGGAGGAGGAGGAGGGAGGAGGAGGGCGGAGGAGGAGGAGGAGGAGGAGGAGACCCCGGCGCGCAUGUGUGCCCCACGCUUGCGGGAGGGCUGGGCGAAGGCCAGGGCAGGCGGGCGGGCCCGGAAGACGCUGGGCACGCCCCUCGGCUCCUCUCGCCUCGGGCCUGCGCGCAAGGAGGCGCGAUCACUCCUGCGAACGGCCACUCGCACGUGCAGUCGGCUCACCCCUCCCGCGUGCGGUCGAGCUGUCCCUGCCGGCGGCCCAGCAAGAAGCCCAUGCCGAGGCACGAGGCGCCGUACGCGACGACGCCGCCGAUGAGCCACGGCACCGCGCGCCUGAUGGGCUCGGCCAGGCCGUCGAGGAAGGGGUCCAGCACAGGCUCGGCAUACAGAAGAGCCCGGCGCUGCAGCUCUCUCUGCACGGCCUCCGAGAUGCGCUGGAAGGUGCGCGGUCAGCCGCAGGGGCGCUCCGAGUGCCAAGGACGCUGGCCGAGGUCUGCCGUCCGUACUCCCUCAGAAUGGGGGCGUAGGGCUCCAGUUCUUUGCGCCAGCGCGCCUGCAGCUCGGCAUCAGCCUCCAGAAUCCAGGCCUCCGCCUGAGCGUCCACCCUGCGAAGCCUGUCGGUGAUUGUCAUUUUCAGCUCGGCAGGAGCUUGGGACAUUGGCACAGCAAGUGAAGCCGAAUGCCUGAGCCAAUCGCUUCAGCAAACUGGUUGCGUGCAGACAGUGGACCUGUGGAUCGCAGGUGUUGAGAAAACUCGCAAACGGACGCAUGAGAGGAUGUAUUAUGAGCUCCCCGAAGGCACCAAGUGAAGCAAUGCACACAUGCAAUCAAAAGAUCACUGAGCGUCGUGAGGUCACCAGAGACCUGCCGAU